UCGGUCUCCCUUCUCUCUCUCUCUCUCUCCCGGAGCAUGUGAAACGCUCGGAUAUCGGAAAAUAUUCCAUCAGCGCGCAGCCGGGAGAGCGAGCUGCUUACAACUCCGUGUCGUGCACUGCGGAGCGGCGCUUUAAGUGUCUGCUCCAACUCCGGCAGCGCUCCUUUCCGAUACUGAGCCACCGAGAAGGGAAAGAAUGCGGAAGAAUACUCAGCACACCUUUUCGCCCACAGAACCGCAGAUUUGCUGAUAGCAUCAGUUAUCUGACUGUUUCAUACUGGUCGUGGAAACUCGCGUGUGCAUGGAAACCUUAGAGGCUAUCCCCCUCUUUUACUUAGCGAAGGGUAGCUCUUCCUAAUCUCGUAUAAAAACCAAAACGAAUGCGAGUGGUGGUACCAUUUACGGCUGCUGGCGCUACUUCUACUACUAUUGCUACUACUACUACUAGUUCUGAAUCCUGUCCUUACCAUCUGUCACUUCGGAGAAGGCCUCCCCUCCUUUCUCUUUGCACAGAUUUAGGAAGAGAGGAACAUUAACAUCCUUGCUGGCACCAUGCGACAAUCAGAGAUUUCAUCUUUUUUCUCCUUCGGUCUACAGCUCAGCAUUGUGUUAGCGGUUUUGUUCUUCAGAAUUCAACAUGUAACUGCCGAGAGCCCAGCGCAGAGUGUAGAGCAAGAUGGCUCUCCUGUCACAAAUAGCAGCAAAUCCUGCACCGGAUCUUAUCAGUGUUCAGAGGGGGUGAUUCUGCCGAUAUGGCAGCCCCAAAAUCCAUCUUUUGGGGAUAAAGUGGCGAGGGCUACCGUCUACUUCGUGGCCUUGGUUUACAUGUUCCUUGGCGUUUCCAUCAUCGCAGACCGAUUCAUGGCGUCCAUCGAGGUCAUCACGUCACAGGAGAAGGAAAUAACCAUUAAAAAGGCUAACGGGGAGACCACCACCACCACGGUGCGAAUAUGGAACGAGACUGUGUCCAACUUAACCCUUAUGGCCCUCGGCUCCUCCGCCCCUGAAAUCCUGUUGUCUGUCAUUGAAGUGUGCGGCCACAACUUUGACGCCGGAGCUCUGGGUCCGAGCACCAUUGUUGGCAGCGCUGCUUUCAACAUGUUUGUCAUUAUCGGCAUUUGUGUCUACGUUGUGCCUGACGGAGAGCACAGGAAGGUGAAGCAUUUGAGGGUGUUCUUUGUAACUGCCGCUUGGAGCAUAUUUGCGUACAUCUGGCUUUACUUGAUCUUGGCUGUCAUUACCCCGGGGGUUGUCCAGGUUUGGGAGGGGCUGCUUACCCUGUUUUUUUUCCCCAUAUGUGUUGUGUUCGCGUGGGUGGCCGACCGCAGGCUUUUGUUCUACAAGUACGUGUACAAGCGCUACAGAGCCGGGAAGCAGCGGGGGAUGAUCAUUGAAACCGAAGGCGACCGUCCUCUCCCCUCCAAGGUUGACAUUGAGAUGGACGGCAAGAUGCUCAACUCCCACGCUGUGGACUUCCUGGAUGGAACCCUGGGGCUGGAUUUGGAUGACAAAGACCUGGAUGAAGAGGAAACCAGGAGGGACAUGGCCAAAAUCUUGAAGGAGCUGAAGCAGAAACACCCGGAUAAGGAGGUGGAGCAGCUGAUCGAGCUGGCUAACUACCAGGUCCUGAGCCAACAGCAGAAAAGCCGUGCCUUCUACCGCUGUCAGGCCACCAGGCUGAUGACGGGGGCGGGGAACAUACUGAAGAAGCACGCCGCUGACCAGGCCAGGAAGGCGGUUAGCAUGCACGAGGUGCGUACGGACGUCGCCGAGAAUGACCCCGUGUCAAAAAUCUUCUUCGAACCUGGGUCGUAUCAGUGCUUGGAGAACUGCGGCACAGUGGCAGUAAAUGUCAUCCGCCGCGGCGGAGACCUGAACAACACCGUGUCCGUGGAGUUCCGCACCGAAGACGGCACCGCCAACGCCGGGUCCGAUUACGAGUUCACUGAAGGCGUGGUCAUCUUCAAGCCCGGCGAGGCGCAGAAGGAGAUCCGGGUGGGCAUCAUCGACGAUGACAUCUUCGAGGAGGACGAGAACUUCCUCAUUCACCUCAGCAACGUGAAGGUGCUCUCAGAAGGCGGCGACGAGGAAAACCCGGAGGCCAAUCACGUCGAGACCCUGGCUUGCUUGGGCCUGCCCUCGACUGCCACGGUGACCAUCUUUGAUGAUGACCAUGCUGGCAUCUUCACCUUCGAAGAGCCGGUGACGCACGUGAGCGAGAGCGUUGGCACUAUGGAAGUGAAGGUUCUGCGUACCUCAGGAGCCCGUGGGGUGGUUGUUGUCCCAUAUAAGACAAUUGAAGGCACAGCCAGAGGAGGAGGAGAGGACUUUGAAGAUUGCCAUGGAGUGCUGGAGUUCCAGAAUGAUGAAAUUUUCAAAACUAUAAAGGUCAAAGUAAUUGAUGACGAGGAGUAUGAGAAAAACAAGACGUUCUACGUCGAGAUUGGGGAGCCCCGCCUGGUGGAGAUGAGUGAGAGGAAAGAGGAAGUGGAAGGGGAAGAGGAGGAGCCUCUCACAGGAAAGGAUGAGGAGGAGCGACGCAUCGCGGAGAUGGGCCGGCCAAUGCUGGGCGACCACGUGAAGCUUGAAGUGAUCAUCGAGGAGUCGUAUGAGUUCAAGAACACAGUGGAUAAACUGAUUAAGAAGACGAAUCUGGCCCUCUUGGUGGGGACAAACAGCUGGAGGGACCAGUUCAUCGAAGCCAUCACAGUCAGCGCUGGAGAGGACGAUGAUGACGAAGAGUGCGGAGAGGAGAAGCUGCCCUCCUGCUUCGACUACGUCAUGCACUUCCUGACUGUCUUCUGGAAGGUGCUGUUUGCCUUCGUGCCGCCCACAGAGUACUGGAACGGCUGGGCCUGCUUCGUGGUGUCCAUCUGCAUGAUCGGCCUGCUGACCGCCUUCAUCGGCGACCUGGCGUCCCACUUCGGCUGCACCAUCGGCCUGAAGGACUCGGUCACCGCCGUGGUCUUCGUGGCCCUGGGCACCUCCGUGCCAGACACGUUCGCCAGCAAGGUGGCCGCCAUCCAGGACCAGUACGCCGACGCGUCCAUCGGCAACGUGACGGGCAGCAAUGCCGUCAACGUGUUCCUGGGCAUCGGCGUGGCCUGGUCCAUCGCCGCCAUCUACCACCAGGCCCACGGCAGGUCCUUCAGGGUGGACCCGGGCACCCUGGCCUUCUCCGUCACCCUCUUUACCAUCUUCGCGUUCAUCUGCGUGGCGGUGCUGAUGUACCGGCGGCGGCCCGAGAUCGGCGGCGAGCUCGGGGGGCCGCGGACUUCCAAGGCCAUCACCUCCAUGCUCUUCGUCAGCCUCUGGCUUUUGUACAUUCUGUUCUCGUCCCUGGAGGCCUACUGCCACGUCAAAGGCUUCUGAACGAACAUCACCGAGAAGUCGGAGUGAUGGCGCGAAAAGAAUCACAAAGUCAAAAAAUAAUAAUAAUAAUAAUAAUAAUAAUAAUAAUGAUAAUAAUAAUAAUGGAAGUAGCAGCAGCAAAAACUUUUUUUAAUUAUUGUUUUGUUUUUACCCCCAACUCCCUAGCCCCCCUCCCCACGACCUUAUCUGACCCCACAGUUGUGCUGAAGAGGUGAAAGGUUAUUACUUUUGACAUGAAGGAGUAGUCUUGCUUGGCUAGGCCAGGGAACAGCAGCUCUUACAAGAAAAAUAGGAGUCAUUCAGAUAUGGGUUGUAAGCCAGUGCCCUCUGAUAAAAAUGGACACAGUUUGGUCUCUUCAGCAUUACUUCCAUGGAAAUCUCAAGCUAUAGUUACUUACAUUUUUGUGAAGCAGAAAAAUGAUGGUUGGAUUUGCUGACCAAAUUGAUGUGCAAAUAAGAGGUCAAACUACAAAUAAAUGAAUACAGAGAGGGUAGGUUAAGCAUUAUGUACUUAGCAAUUUGUCACUUUAACUUUCUUUCAUUGAUGCUUAUGCUUUGUGGAUUAAAUGGACAAAACCCCUGUUAAGGCCUACUGUUGCUGCUGAUAACCCUUAGAUCUACAGUUAGAGAUCCAUUACUUUAUGCAGGAUGUAUAUACAUUUAGCUUGAAGCAUUCUCUGCAGUUAAACCAGUUAGUUCUAAUUCAGUUUUUGUACACAGUGAAUUUCAGGAUUUCUUUAUAAUUAACUUUCCAAUUACUGAAAGAUACGAAAGCCUAACACUGAAUGUUGUUCAGCUUUCUAGAGAAUUGAAAUUAAUUCAACUCUGGCUCCAUUUAGAAAGAAAAAUACUUUGUUAUGUCUAAAGACUUCAAUUACAAAUUAUAAUUUCAUCUCACCAUGUACCUCACAGCCAUGAAUAGCCACAAAUUGCAGCGUGAUGGUGAUAAGGAAUGUUGUUUAUCUAAACAGAUGGCAUUCUGUUUGUGGCCCCAGAGGCAAUUUUCUGUCUGUUCUGCAUUAAGACAGGAAAACAAAUAGUUCAUUUGAAAUUGAUUUUUUAUUGCUGCUUUAGUUUUUUUUUUUUUUUUUAAUUGAAUGUCUGAAACAAGUAGACCAUAACUAUUCUGAAAGUACAGAAUUUGCCGUACCCUAAUGUGUAUGUUAUGGGGAAAAUUCACUGCAUGAACCAGAAUUUACCUUCCCUUCCUCCCACCAGUUCUGCCAACUGAGGGUCCACUAUCCAAAGUACUGUCGCACACAAAAGCCAUGCAAGCCACAUAGCUGGACACUACACCUUUCCAAAACAUGCAGGGCAUCACUGAUGUUACUGCUGUUAUGGAGACACCAGUUUUCUCACUUUUAAUUUGUUUUUUGUUUUUCCUGUAUAGUGGAAAUCAUAUCUUAAUUGUGUUUGAUAUGCUGAUAUCUUAAUUUUCAGUAGGUUGAAGUUUUGGCCAUUUGUUGUAUUUAGUACAGAGCCCUCUUUGGAUAAUAGUAAGAAUCCAAUGUUAGAUUUAGGAACACAUCGGAUGAUUAUUCUCUGGUGUCUGGUUGAAACAAAUGAUGUGAAGUGGACUUUGUUUCUUGAAGAAUUCAAACUGCCAUUUGCAACAUAAAAAAAGUUUGUAUUGCGGAGUGUUGUGUCAUGUUCAGUAUUGUAGCUAAAGGAAAAAUCAAGGAUAUGAAGCAUGUUUGUUGAAGGAUAAACAUUUCCACAUUAGUGAUGCUCUUUUUGAAUAUGAAGAAGGUACGAUCAAUGCCUAGAUUUCUUACUGAUUUGUUUUUAUAAACUGUACUCUAAUCGAUGUGUAAAAUAUAUACAGUAUCGCAGAACGGCUGUGUCUGCUGGCAGCCUGAUUUUGGAAUGCAGACUGUUGCAAGAUUCUGCUUUGUUGUCCUUGCAACAACAAUUUUCAGUUUCGGAGGGGGAUUAUAGAGUAGUGUAAUAAUGAAAGCCUUUCCACCAAAUGGCAGAUUUCUCUACAUUUUGCCAAAGGGAAACAUUUGUAAUGAAAUUGCUGGUGACGCUCAACCAGAACCUUAGAUUUUUUCUAAAAAAUUAAAUUUGUUAAUGGCACCAAAAAUGGUUCAAGUUGUAUAUGUGGUACAAGUAGUCUUGAUACUGUUUUACGUAUGUAGAAACUUUCUUAAGCGGAUUUGUAUGAAAUCUGGAAACUUCACUAAGAGGGGUCAGCAGCUGUACCCUUUCUUGUAUUGUCUGGAUUUAAACUUUUCAAGAUUUAACAGCUAUCCUAGGGGGUUUUUAAGGUGGAUGACAGGGCCUGGGGGUUUGCAGUGGUCCAGUAACUUGACUGUGAAGAGGGAGAAAAACAGUGGGCUCUGUAGUGUUGCCAUCAGAACUUAUAUUUUGUUGUUGUUAAUUUGUUUCAUUCUUUAUCAAGACAAGUCUGCGUCACUUGAUUUGGGCGCACCUUGUCUGGAGCUGAUAUGUAUAUGAGCCAGCUUUUUUGUUUAUUUUUGGCCCAAAAGUGAAGUAAAAACAUGCAACGUGCACUUGCAACUGGCAAUGUCACCGAUUCAAUGAAGGAAGAUCUGCCGUGGAGUAAUGUUCCUGACGUUUCUCUGACUGUUAACAUUUUGACAAUUAAAAAAAAGAAGAAAAAAAGGACCUCUCUCCUUGUAACCAUUCAACCAACAGACUGAAAUGGGAAAAAAAGUACAUAAAAUAACAGCCAUAACAUUGUGUGCUGUCACAGUGAAGGUGUUUAACGGACUUGCUCUGCUCAGCCUCAUAUUGCGAUGGUGUGCCUGCACAAUGUUGGUGCAGUGUCUCUGUAUACCCUCUCUCCUCUCAUCUGCCAUGUCCAUAUUUGGGAAUGUUAAUGUACUUGUUAACACUGUGCAUGGAUGAAAACAUGUCUGUAAAUACUAAAGCGGUAUCCCAUUCGUUAAUGUCGAGGGAAGGCUUGAAUGCUGUAUAGAUCUGGAUGUAGGUAUUGUUUUCUUUUAUUUAAAUGAGCCCGUUUGUUCAUUGGUGACUUGCACAUUUGAAUAAAAAAAAGGCAAUAUCUGACGUUUGUGUAUAUGAGGGUCAACGUCAAAGAAAUUAUGUAUUUAAGGGUGGUGUGGGGGGGGUUGCAUGGGUCUUUGUACAAAAAAAAAAAAAAUGCUUGCUCGAGGACCUGGUUGUAUUAUUUGACAGUUAUAGAGAACUAUGUACAUGAAAGGAUAUUUUGUCAUGUAAGAGUCCAUAUGUAUGUAUAUACUGUACAGUGUGCCAGAGUGAAGCCAUACGCCUCAGCAUCACACAUAGAAAAUUCAACAUAUUUAUUAUUAUGAAACCCUUGAUAAACACAAGAAUGACAAAUAUUGCCUUUUGGAGUAGCAGUUGCUUGACGCUUGUUUAGUUGUCUAUUCCUUUGUGCUGAGCAGUGUAUGUUUCUAAUAUUGACUUUUUUUGGUUGUCUUUUUUUCAGUUGGGGGUGGGUGGGUAUUUGAUGUAUAAACAGAUUGCUCGGAGAUAUCAGGGUGAUAGGUUAAUGCUAACUACUAAUACUAACUUUCAGUUCAGUGACAGAAACAAGUUAAAAACAUGUCCCCUGAUCUACUCAAGGUCCCAGAUAUUGGUGGAGAGAUUUUUACAUUUCAGGGGAAAAAAAAAAAUCUCACAACAUCAUAUAAUAACAAGGAUUUUACACACAGCACAUGAGCACGUCCUCAAAGAAGCCUGCAGAAAACAGGCAUUAUUCUAUGACAUCACAUGUCUGUCUGUUCUACCUUUCAUUCCGUGUGAGAAAUAUUACAAACAAGAAGUACCACACAUAUUUUCCCCUGCUGCCAAUAAAGUUAUAAAGAGAAGGCAAGUUGAAUUCACCAACAUGACCUAAAGUCUCUCUGUUUGAAGGAAUUACAUGUAUUCAGGGACCGUUCUCAUAUCUGCCUAUUUAUAUCAGCACCACACCGCUGCUCAAAUGGACUUCUCUCUGUAGUUCAUGGUUAAGAUGUCUCUCUCUUAAUUUGCAGGGUUUUGUCGGGGCUUUCU